AUGGAAUACUACGCUUCUCAUCCUUUGACAUCACGCACGAUGUAAUGCCCCUUUUGAUCGGAAUAUUUGCCUAGUAAGGAAUUUUUUAGGGAUUUUUAUCAAUUUUUUUCCUCGCUAAAUAUUUGUUAAAAGAAACUUUAAAAUCAAACUAAUGCCUCACGAGGAAAAAUAAUUCGACCAAAAAUACCGAGGAAAUGCCAUACUAGGGAAAUCUUCUAUCAAAUGGCAUACAACCCGUACGAUGGACUUAUCAUCAGCUCGCUCGCAUAUUGACACUUUAUUUCAAGAGCAAGAAUUCGAGCAGAAAGUGAUCGGAACUGAAUUAAUCCGCUGAAUGCAACUCACAAUUACACUAAUAGUAGUCCUUUUUUUGCUCAUUUUUUGUAUCAACUUAUCAAUGCCUUAUGAAAUUGCUAUUAUCCCCUUAAUUCUUUACGAUUUAUUUUUGCUUGUUCAAAUCAUAAUGCAAAGAAAAAACCAAUCAUCGUAAUUUUUAUAAAGACUGACUUUUUUAAAGCGAAAUAUAAAAGAAAUAGCGGAACAUCUAGGGAAUCUUAUUUUUAAAUUUGGAGUUAUUAUUUAUUUAUCAUAUAGAGACACUUCAUUUUUGCUGAUAUCUACACCAAUAUUUGUAACAACUGCUAUACGAUGGAUUUUCAAGCCAAAUACUCACUCCCCCAUUUAAAUUGAAAAAAUGUCUAAUUUUUUGGUAAGUAAUUCCUCUUUAAAUUUUAAUAAAAAUUGUUUUUUGAUAAAAAUAGUAAUUCUAAUAAAUAGUUUUAACCUCAUUUAAUGGAUGGACUGCAGUAGAAUGCUAUUUGAACAUUUGGCAUGCUGAGAUGAUUAAUAUUUUAAAUUAAUGCUUUAUAAAAAUAAAUUAAAAAUCAAAAAUAUCACAUUAAUUUAAUUUUUUAAUUUUAAAAUAAUUAUAAAUUUGUAUUUUCAUUUAAAUAAAAUUUUAACCAUUUUCAAUUGGAACAGGAUACUCAGUUGAGUGCCAAGCAUUUUCAGCGAUAAUUCGCUUAAUAGUAAGAACACUGAAACUUCUAGCAAUUUUAUCAAUAGGAUUGAAGCUGGAUCAUAGUGUUUCAUGAAGCUGAAUUACAACAUUUUGGCCUGUUUGACUAGGAUCAAGCAUUUUAGCUAUUGUAGGCCUUGGGAUGGUUUUAUUACUAAUAAGCUCAGUUUGUUCUUUUAUAUCUGGCCAAGGAUCAUAUAUAGAUAUUGUUUCUUCCUCAUGGCUUUUAUCUGUAACUUGAGCUAGCUCAUUAUCCUUGUUUUAUUUUUUUUACUUUUUAGGACUAUCUCUUGAUGAAGGUGAUUGAAGCCAAAUGAUCGCCCCAAAUAUUGUAGUCAUUUUAGUGCUUAUUCUUCUGGUGAUUUUAACUAAAACCUGCUUUCAGUCUUUAAAGUAAUUUUUAAGCAGAAUCUGGUGGCAAGACUUUUUUUCUAACCAAGAUGAAGAUAUAAAUCACAUGCCAGGGGCUGUGCACGAUAUAGUCAGUGAAACUGACUGGCACGGGGUGCUUUUGGCUCGAAACUGAGCCAAAAGCACCCCGUGCCAUUCAGUGUCACUAACUAUAUAAAUUCUCCCUCCCAAACAGUCACAGAGCAGAUAAUUUCUAUACUCAAAAAGCCACCAAAAUUCUUAGUUAGGGUGUCAAACACAUAUUAUAGCCCUUUUCUAUGAAUAUCCAUAGUGAUUUUAAUAUAUUUUUAAUAUACAAAAUUAUUGAAAAUUUUAUAUAAGCCAUGUGAUGAGGCUAAAGUUACACCUACAACUCCAAGGCAUAAAAAAUCAAAAUCUGAAAUGGUAGGGAGAAAUCAAAUACCUGCAGAAACAGUAGAAACUGAACCGAAAUAUACAAAUGUAUCAAUGGUAGAUGCAUCUAUUCACCAAUCAGUAGAUUUUUCGUCGAAUUCUACACAAAAAGUGUGUAUGAUAUGUUGCAGUGAAGAGCCAAAUGCAGUAAUUAUGGACUGUGGCCAUGGAGGCCUAUGCUAUAGUUGCUCAAUUGAGCUUUGGAAAGUUCAAAAAUGCUGCCAUAUAUGUAGAAGAGAAAUCAGCCAAGUCCUGGAAAUUUCAAAAGCGAGGUCUAAAAUUUUAAACGUGGUGAGUGUAACUGGAGUUGUUUAUGAAGACAACUCUGAUGAAUAA